AUGUUCGACCCGGAACCUUCUCUUUCCGUUCACAUCGACUCCUCCUCCCCACCAGAUACCCCAUCCUCAUCAUCGACCGUCUCUACGCCGUCACUGCACAGCACCCAGCCAAGCUCGUUACUUCAUGCAAGUGACCUCGGCAGCAGCUACGACAGCAACGACGGCGGCGGCAGUAACAUCGGCGAAAUCCAUCAUCCCCUCAAAGGCGAUGGCCUUGAGCCGUCGCGCCUCAGCCGCCGGUAUCGCUCCCUCUGCGAACUCCUUCCGCGCAUCCAAAGUAGCAAACAACGCAAGUCUGCAUACCUUUCUGACGAAUCCCUCGCCACCGCGCUCGCGGCCUAUCGUCCGCACCAUAUACACACCUCAUCCGACUCUCUUCACGUCAAUCUAGACGGCAGCAGUAGCAAGCGCUUCUACUGCUGCCGCAGCCGCAGCCGCCGCCGCCGCCACCGCCGCAGUAGUAGUCAGAAGAAGCACCGUCGUUUCCUCCGCGCCCUGAAGAAGACCCAGCUCCCGGCCACCAGCAGCCCCUCAGCCACCCUCUCCAUCGACGUCGACGACAAAGGGGCAGGAGGACCAGACCUCGCAACACCGACGAGCUCCUGCACCUCUGCUUCUUCCUGCUCCUCUACCGAUCAAGAGGGGGGAUCCACCACCCCGCAGCGACGACGGAACCCCACGCGCAGGGAACGCAUCGAGGCGCGUCUGCACGGCAUCGGCGACAACCCUCUCCUGUACAAAGGCAUCGUGGUGCCGGUGCUGGCGUUGUUGGCCGUGCCGGCGGCGGUGCUGACCUGCCCCAUCUGCGCCUACGUCGUCGCCAGGAACAGUUGGCAGGCUGGGUAA